AUGAUAAGGACGUUAAUCUUAGUUUUGUUGGUGGCGUUUGUUAUCGCUCAAGACCAACCUUUUUCUGGCUCAUUCAUGAGCAAAGAAGAGAGGCAAGGUCUGAUGGAAAAAGCAAAAGAAAUGUUCUACCACGCAUACAACAAUUACAUGGACCAUGCAUAUCCAGCUGAUGAACUCAUGCCAUUGAGUUGUAAAGGGCGGUGGAGGACAAAAGAAAAUAAUCGUGGUGACAUGGACGAUGUGCUAGGCAAUUAUUCUUUGACCUUAAUUGAUACUAUGGAUACACUUGUUGUCCUUGGUGAUUUACCUGAAUUUGAUAGAGCUGUUUCAAAAGUUGUGAGCGAUGUAACAUUUGAUAGGGAUGUAGUCGUGUCAGUAUUUGAAAUCAAUAUUAGAGUACUGGGAGGAUUAUUAUCUGGUCAUAUUUUUGCACAACAUUUUAAAGAAAAUUCUAACCAUUUACAAUGGUAUAAUGGAGAACUUUUAGCUAUGGCAAAAGAUUUAGGGUAUAGAUUAAUGCCAGCUUUCAAUACAACAACAGGAAUACCAUAUUCUAGAGUUAAUUUAAAAUACGGCAUUAAAAAAGAUCAAUUACAUUAUUUUCAAGAAACAUGUACAGCUUGUGCAGGAAGUAUGAUCUUAGAAUUGGCUGCUUUAUCACGUUUGUCUGAUGUACAUAUAUUUGAAGAGAAAGCUCAUAGAUCAAUGGAUAGUCUUUGGAGUCUUAGACAUCGGUCUUCUAAUCUUAUGGGAACUGUUUUAAAUGUCGAUUCAGGGGAUUGGAUCAGAAGAGAUUCUGGGGUUGGUGCUGGUAUUGACUCAUACUAUGAAUAUUGUUUAAAAGCAUAUGUUUUACUUGGAGAAAGUCGUUAUUUAUCCAGAUUUAAUAAGCAUUAUUCUGCUAUUAUGAAAUAUAUUAGCCAAGGUCCUAUGUUGUUGGAUGUGCAUAUGCACCGUCCUCAAAUAAACUCAAAAAAUUUUAUGGAUGCAUUGUUAGCUUUUUGGCCUGGCUUACAAGUACUGAGUGGAGAUCUAAAACCAGCAAUAGAAACACAUGAAAUGUUAUAUCAAGUAGUAAAAAAACAUAAUUUUAUACCAGAAGCGUUUACUACUGAUUUUCAGGUGCAUUGGGGACAACAUCCUUUAAGACCAGAGUUUUUAGAAUCUACAUACUUUUUGUACAAAGCAACUGAUGAUCCUCAUUAUCUAAAUGUUGGACGUGAAGUAUUAAACUCUUUACAAAAAUAUGCUAGAGUAGAAUGUGGAUUUGCUGCUGUCAAGGAUGUUCGUACCACUACAAAUGAAGACACAAUGGAUUCAUUUGUGCUUGCUGAAACGUUUAAGUAUUUAUACUUGUUGUUUGCUGAAUCCGAUGAUCUCAUAAUUAAUAUUGAUGAAUAUUUGUUCACUACUGAAGGACAUUUGUUACCUUUAUACUUAUCUGUUCAACCACAAAAUUAUACAGAUGCUGAUAAAAUUUUAGAUGAAGAGACUGAUUUACCCAAAAGAUCAUGUCCAAGUUUUGACAAUUUACUUACAGAAUCUAUAAGAAAACCAUUGAAAAACAUGGUGGAUGGAUUAUGUCCUAAUCGCAAAUCCAGAAUUGAAGCUAGAGAGUUUGCAAAAGUUUUCCAGUUUGGAAAUGAGAAUCAUAUGCAAAGGAUAAAAGCUAUGGGAAUUGUCAUAACUAAAUUACCAAAUGGUCUUCCACUUCUUUUCAUGAACUCUUCUCAUGAGAGCAGCCCCGAUGAUCAGAUAGAUGGACAUGAAUUUUUAACCGAAUUAAAUAUUGUUAUGAAAGAUGUUAAUCAAAAAGAAAAAGUGAAUUCUGCUAAAUCGGUAUCAUUUGAUAACCAAGAUGGACAAAAAGUUUCUUUAUAUGCUGGUGCUGCUAAUUUUGGUCUCCCUUUGAAUCUUGGUCUAAAGGUUUCAGCUCGUAUUGCUGUUGCAAAUCCUGUUAAAGGCUGUGAAACUUUAAUAAAUCCAAGUCUUGUUAAAGAAAAAAUUGUCUUAGUAGAACGUGGUGAUUGCAUGUUUAUUGAAAAGGCACGUAAAUUACAAGAGGCUGGUGCUGUAGGAGGUAUUGUCAUUGAUAAUGCUACUGAUUCAUCUGUAAUAACAUCUCGAGCAUUUUCUAUGUCAGAUGAUGGGGUGGAUGAUGUAAGUAUACCAUUGGUGUUUUUAUUUGCGUCUGAAGCACGACCGCUACUAGAUAUGCUAAACAUCAAUCCAGAUCUUUUAGUCACAAUCAGUGAACUUCCUAAAGAAACUGAAGAAAUAGAUUCUGUUGAAGAUACGGGAACUUUAAUCAAUAACUCAAUAGAUAAACUGAAAAAAAUUAUAGGAGAAAUAAUGACGUCCAAUGAUCCUACACAGGAUCGGGUUUCUGACUUACUUAAAUGGAGAGGAUAUAAUUCGAUUGACAAGGAAACAUUUUUGAAAUUGCUUAUGGAGGCCAGAAGAGGAGUUAUUAACAAAAAUGAUGAUAUCAUUAAAGUGGAUGAACUGCCGCCUUCUAAACAGAAAAUUUCUGAAAAUGAUACUCGUAGGAAAGUUGAUCCAGACGAAAAUUGACCCAAAGUUUAAAAAUAUAUUUAAAAAUAAAUUAAGGUAAAUGGAAUUUGUUGGAAUUUCAAAGUAUAACAACUUUAUAUGUUAUUUUAUUGUAAA